AAGGUGAAUCUGCCAAGAGAGACCAACAACAGGUGUAAGUAAGUGUUAAAGCAUGACAAGCCGAAGGAGCGACGGCGAAACAAUCGGAAGUGGAGAGAGGAGCCGGAGAGCCGGAGAGCCGGAGAGCCGGAGAGCGGGCGAUCGAGCGCGAGAGAGAACCCGGAAGGAACAGGUCCUCUCAUCUGCCGGCAGGCUGGCAGGAUCUACGCUAGCCAGGUGAGCACAGGUGAGCAUACCCGGGCCAGUGUACGGUCGGCCGUCGGCACGGCAAGAAGCGCGUGUAGAAGCCAUAGAAGCGAUAGGCCGAGGAGGAGAGCCCUGCGCGGAGUGCAUUCAACUCGGAGGGAAUCCACGUAUCGUGAAUCGCGCGAAUCGCGAAUCGCGUGCGACGAGCGGCGGCGGCGGUGGCGAACAACGCGUUCACAGUAGAGCGAAGGAAGGAUCGAGGAACAAUGUCUGGGAUAUAUCGCCCUGGUGGAUACGCAUUACUGGGAUGUACGAGGCUACAACGUGACUGACGCGCACCGGAAGCAGAGGAAGCCAAAAAUGUCGACGCGAAGGAGGACGUCUACCUUUCCACUGCCGCAUUACUGGCUGAUUACGGUGGUUCUGCUGAUCUUCUCCGUUCAAGUUCAGCGUGUAACAGGAUGCCAGUUUUAUCCCGUCGGGGAGUAUCUGAAAUUCGUGAGGGUACCGGAAAAUCUAGAGAUGGGGACUGAAAUUCUUUCACUGGAGGCACAUCCGCGAAAUCGUCUCACCAUUACGCCGGUCGACAAGGAGGAGGACGCCGGCUUCUUCGCUUACAAGGAGACGAACAAGACGCACGUUUCUCUGAUUCUGGCGCAAUCUCUGGAGGACCUGGUGGACGCGGAGUCGCCGAGGAACCUAUUAAAAUUUCGAGUCUCCUGCGACUCGGGUUCUGGUGACUCGCUGGUAUCGUCGCAUUUGUCGGUGACGAUCUACGUGGAGGAUAUAAACGACCACGCGCCACAAUUUGUCGAUGCGCCUUAUCACGUGACGGUGGACGAGCUUACGCCAGUCGGUGUGACGAUAUUUCGCGGGAUUCACGCGCUGGAUGGCGACAAGCCGAACACGCCGAACAGCGACGUCUAUUACGCUAUCGUGAAGGGGAACGAGCAAGGCAAAUUUUCCCUCGAGUCCGGGCACAGGACCGCCCUGAUACUUCGAAAGCCGGUCGACUACGACAGCGGAGAUCGCGAAUUCAUCUUGGUCAUUACUGCGACCGAUCGCGGCGUUCCUGCCAGAAGCACGAACAGCACCGUAAAGAUUACGGUGGUGGACAACGAUGAUCUUGAUCCCAAGUUCACGCAGGACAUCUACAAGGCGAAAAUUUACGAAUUUUAUCCUAUGCCGGAUUAUCCAGUUUUCACGGAGAUCAACUUUACCAAUCCGAUCCACGCGGCCGAUCGCGAUCGCGACAUAAAUGUGCCGGUGCGAUACGAUAUAAUAUCUGGCAACGAGAGGGGUUUCUUCCAUCUCGAUCCGAAGAACGGUUCGCUCUUCCUGAAACGUGCGAUCGAUCUGGACGCCGAGCGCAGCUUGCCGAGCAAUACGUUCAAUCUCCAGAUUCACGCGUCACAGGUGGACAAUCCAUUGAAGACGACCGUCGCGCGAGUAGAGGUGGAAGUGCUGGACCUGAAUGACAAUUUGCCGCAGUUCGAGGUCGAUCUUUACAACAUCAGCAUCGUGGAGAAUCUGCCGAACGGCUUCAGCGUGCUGCAGGUGAUCGCGCGCGACAAGGAUCAGGGUGAGAACGGGAAGUUCGACUAUCGACUGGAGGAUCCGUCGGGCGCCUUUUCCGUGGGUCCGCAGUCCGGCUGGCUCACCGUAAAGGAUCAGACGGUCCUAGACCGCGAGAAGCGCGAUCAUCUGAAGAUGAAGGUCUACGCUGUGGAGCACAGGCCGAGCGUCGUCGUGACGAGCGACGGAUCGAAGGGAUCUUUCGUGGACGUCGAGAUCACCCUCCUCGACGCCAACGACAACAAUCCUAUUUUCGUGCCGGGUAAUCUCUACGAGCUGGUGACGAGAAGCGACGUGAAGGUCGGCACCGUGUUGGGCCAGGUGCACGCGGUGGAUGACGAUCUAGGUCCCAACGGAUUGGUCCGCUACCGACUGCAGAAACCUGGCAACUCCACGCUUCGGAAGCCGCCGUUCAUAGUGGACGAGAGCACGGGCCUGAUCACGGUGUCGGAGAGCCCGAUACUCGAAGGUAGACACGCGAUCUUCGUGGAAGCGGCCGAUCAGCCAGCGAACCCGAGCGAGAGAAGAUUCUCUUUAGCGGUCGUCACGGUGGACGUUUUUCGAGCGGACGGUCCAAAUUCGUGGCAACCAGAUUUCGUCGGCGCGCCCUACGAGUUCUGGGUCGGAGCGAACGUGCCCGUAGGUACCAGUGUCGGGCAGAUUCGCCUAAAUGACGCUGUCAAAACCAACGACCUUAUCUACGAUCUUCUCCACGGUUACGAGGAGGGCGUUCCAUUUGCCGUGGAGGAACGCUCGGGCACAAUAACAGUCGUGGAGGAGAUCGAGCGCUUCGACCGUUCCAGAUACGACUUCGAGGCGGUCGUCACCGACGAGAGGGAACUGACGCUGAUCACGAACGUUUCGAUCCACGUGGUGGAUCCGAACGACAACAGAGGUAUCUUCACAAAGGGAACGACCACUGCUCCUCUGGUUUUUCAUGUGAAGGAGAAUGUUCCCGGCGCAUUGAUCGGCCAAGUGCUUCCGCACAAUGGCACAGCGUCGGCUAUGUCCGGCACUCAGUUCCUUAUCGUCAAUCAGCAGGAUGUGCCAGAUAUCGCCAUUAUGAACGACGGUUCUCUCUACGCUCCUCAGGGUUUGGAUCGCGAGACGAGGGAGAACUACAGUAUCACCGUCAUUGCCGAGAGCUUGCGCGGCGUGGGCGUGUUUCAGGUGCGAAUAAUCGUGGACGACGAAAACGAUCACGCACCCGAAUUCACGUUGUCCGCCUACGAAGGUCGGAUUAUGGAGAACAGUCCUGCGGGAACGGAAGUUACUUUGACAAAUCCGAUUGCGGCGAGCGAUAAGGACGAGGGUGAAAAUCGGGACUUUACGUUUGCACUGCGAGGCGACGAUAGCAAUCUGUUCAGGAUAGAUUCGAUAACGGGCCAAGUUUAUUUCGAGGGUAUCGACGACAGGACCUUGGAUCGCGAGACAAGGGCGAGCUACGAAUUCCAAGUUACCGCCACUGACAACGGUGGCUUGCAGUCGGAGAGCACUUUAAGGAUAACGGUGCUUGAUGUGAAUGACAAUCCUCCGAAAUUCAUACGGAUGGUAGUCUUGCCAGAUCAGGGAGUGCGCGUAUCGUAUAAUCCGAGUGACGAUACGUCCGUCGAGAAGGACGAGAUAGGGGACGGAGGAGUCGAAAAUUCGGUGGACGGCGGGCGACGUUCGCCGUUACUGUUAGUGCCGGAAAACACGACGAUUGGCGUGCCGAUAAUACGUCUGCUGGCGGACGACAAGGACGAAGGCGCGAACGCAGCGAUAACGUACAGUCUAGGGAACGAGACGACUUCCAGCGGGGUUCGAUCGCGUCGUUACGAUGCGACCAGCCGCCGUUACUUCCAUCUCGAUUCGCGCACCGCCGAGAUAUCCGUCGCCCGGAGCCUACCGCCGGAGAAGGACAUCCGGCUGUUUAUCUUGGCGAGGGACACUGACGGCCUCGUGGAUAACAUCACCGUCAGGAUCCACGUGACGGACAUGAACGAUCACGCGCCAGUCUUCGAUAAGUCCUGGUACACCUUCGACGUGGCCGAGGGUACUUACACCAGUCACGCUGUCGGCACGGUGCAAGCGUUCGACGCCGACUUUGGCGAGAAUGCCCAUAUCAAUUACGAGCUGAUUACCAGCCACGAGGAUUCGAAGCGAAUCGGCAACGCGUCGCGCUCGUUCGAGGUGGACCCGUACGAGGGAGUGAUACGAGUGAGCGGGACUCUCGAUCGAGAGAGGGCUACGACUCAUCGUCUUCUCGUGAUCGCUCGCGAUCGAGGCAUACCGAGUCUGAGUUCCUCCGUGGAAGUGGAGAUAAAUGUGCUGGACGUGAAUGACAACGCGCCAACGUUCCACGGCUACGACGAGCUAGACGAGGAUGAUCAGGUGCCGGUCUACCGGGUUUCCGUCCUGGAGAACAGUUCAAUUGGCACGCAAGUUGCCAAGGUAUACGCGAAUGACAGUGACUUCGCCGGCAAUGGAAACGGACUGAUCCUGUUCGAUCUCAACUAUCAAGAUCACGCGGACAAACAGUAUUUCGCGGUGGACAGUAAGGAGGGUGUCAUCACGACUAUCGCCAAGCUCGACUACGAGACCAAGAGCAACCAUCGUUUGAUCGUCACGGCGAGUGAUCUCGGCUCACCGAUCAGUUUGACCUCUUCGGCCGUGGUCCUCGUCACGGUGUUGAAUGUCGACGACGAUGACGAGGAGGCGGACAACGAAGUGCACAAGAUGCCAACCUUCCGACAUCGAUAUUACGAAGUGGAGGUCGACGAGAACGCUUCUGUUCCGUUGUUGAUCACGCAGUUCGAUCUCACCGAUGAUCGCCAUAGCGAUUAUAUAAGAUACAGCGUCGUGGCUGACGGUUCUGACGGCAGGGAGCAUUUCUCGGUCGAUCCUAAGAACGGUUCCUUAUAUCUGAUGACAGAGAUCGAUCGGGAGGCCAGAGAUCGAUACGAGGUGAAGGUCAGGGUUGAUCGACUCAAGCUCGGUCGUGGUAUGCCGGUGAUGAUCUAUCCGGUCGUCGGUGAGAGACUGAAUGGACUGGCGCCUAAUGAAGCCAAAGUGGUCGUCAGAGUAAAGGACGUGAACGACAACGCGCCCAGAUUCAAGACAAAGGACAGGCCCAUUCUCGCCGCUAUACCCACUACUGCUCAUUACGGUUACGAGGUCGUCAAAGUGGAGGCCGAGGAUCCGGACCUGGGGAUAAAUGGUGAGAUACGCUACCAAAUUCUUGGCCGGGAGGACGCCCCGCGUUUCGCCAUUGACCCACUCAGCGGUCAAGUGCGAUCCGUGGCGAGUUUUGGCCGCGACGCCGGUCGCGUCUUCGGUUUCGACGUCAAGGCCACUGACAGGCAGGGCGCCGAGAGCGGGCGCAGCAGCAUCGCCAACGUUUUCGUGUACGUGUUGGACGAUCAGAAGCAAGUUGUCAUGGUCAUGGGUCGGAAGCCUAUCGAGAUCGAGCCGGAGCUCGAGAACAUCACUAUCGCGCUGCAGAAUGUCACCGGCUUGGACGUGCGGGUGAGAAAGCUGGAGCCCCACAUCGAGAAGAAUUUGAUCGACGGAGCCUCUACCGACGUUUACCUGUACGCGAUCGAUCCUCAUCUCAAUGUCAUGGUAGACAUGCAAACUUUGCACAGCGUUUUUAAUAACAAGAAAGCGGACAUAAAACGCGAACUGGACGAAUAUCGCGUACUGGAGAUCGCUGGUAACGCUCCACGCAGAAAUAAUCAGCGUUACCUGCUGUCCACUCUCGAAGUCGGUGUCGUGGUACUCGGCUGCGUGGUCUUCGUAGGCGCCCUCGUGACCGCCCUAUGCGUUACCUGCGUUCGUCGUAAUAAACGUCGUAGACGACGAGACAAGGCCAUGUUCUCGACGGUUGGCCCAGUCGGAUUUGCUCUGACGGACCCCGCCGGCACCCUGCAAAAGCCGCCGCUCUUUCCAACCUUCGUCGACGGUCUCCAUUACGACCCCGAACCCUUCUGCACCGAGAUGCCCAGGCGACAGAGCAUGUGCGAGCACGGCAAUUGCGUCCGCUUUCACACAAUGGGCGGAGGCGGAAAACACGUGGUAAGGUCAACUGGUACCUUGAAAGGCCUCGAGGCAUCUGCAACAUCCUUACAUUCCAGUGGUCAGGACUCUGGUAUCGUGGCGCGCACCUCUUGUCAUUGCAGUCACUCGUCCAGUCCUUCUAGUGGCGAGAGCAGCAACGGGUACGAAGAUUCGCUCAAGUCCCUUCAACGUCGCGAGAGAUGCAAUGACGUCUCGCGUGGCAGCCACGAUACCUCCAGCGUGGUCGGGAGACGUGCAACGGCGGCGAAACGACGGCAACGCUUCCAUUCCUUCUCGAACGCCGAAUCCGUUUAUACCCACGAGAUGACCCUGCAGCGCGAGCAGCAGCAGCAGCAGCAGCACUGCUGCAUCGGCACCGAGAAGAGACGGAAAGCGGAGCAUCGCCGCGCUCAUUCCGAAGCGGAGAACAAUAUCACCGAGACGGUGAUACACGAGCACCCGGGUACGGAGAUAUCGUUAGCUAGCUCCCUACCGAACACAACGACUAUUCACGGUAGGUCGAUACUGACGGAAGCAAGGGAGGUGCUAAACGUGGAGAACAGGUACAUCAAGAACCAGCCACAUGCUCUACUAGCGUCUACUUGUAAAAAGAGGAGGGACUUCCAGGGAGCACAACGGGAUACAACGACAGCGAACAUCCUUAUUCGAUAAUUUAAUGCUUUCCUUUGCAAAUUCGCGUAUAAAUUGUUGUUGUACGUCGCGUGCUCACGACGUCGUUUCAUCUCGUUGCCAAAGCAUUCGUAUUGUCGGUUACAAACCAGAGAAUCACUCAUUUUUGUAAAUACACGGCACCGUCUUUGGUAUUCGAUCUUCCAUGUUCUUUUCGAUCUAAUCGAGAUAGAUUAAAUAAUGUCGCGGCGGCAAUUUUUGUUGUUAAGAUUAUUUAUCGCGCUGAUAAACGUGAGAUACAAACAUGUAUAAUAUAUUAAUAUAUUGUAUAUUAAUGUAAUUCAUUGUAGACCAUGUACAGAUACAUUUUGCGAAUAAGUCUAUUUUUCGAUACGUCAUUAUCCUGAACAGCUCUAAAGAUUUAUUUAAGAAAUGUAAUGUGUACGUUUGUAAUAUGUAAAAUGUAACAAAGUGUAACAUAUACAUGUAAUUUAUAUCCUAAUCUCGCUGUCAUUUUUCUUUAGAUAAUAUGUCGUAAGAAAUACUUUCCUCAUUUUUAUUCUCCAACAUGAAUGUUGGCCAUUAACUCAUUAAUGGCCAACGUUCUAUCUUUGAGAUGAAAAUUUUAUUAAGAACAAAAUAACUCUCUUGAAAGUAAUAAAUUACUCUCCUU